AGAAGCUGGAGUCCGGAAACAGCUAGGCUUCAUACUCCGAUAGCCCAUUCUCCUCUAUUCCCGUUAUGGCAUGAGUAACUGAUACUGCAGUGACUGCCUUGUAGAGUUUUGAUUGCCUCUAUCGCUUUCCUUCCGGUGGCUUCAUUGCGCAAAUUCUCACAUCCUCAAAAAUACAAGACAAACCAGUUCUUUUGCUGGUAUCAUAAUCGCAUGUAGCAUCAUGGACUUGAUUAUGAUGUACGGCACUGCUUGUGUUGCUCUUUUAUCUCUGGCCUUGAUUUCGCUGUUUCGCCUGCUGAAACUGGGCCGACGGGCCCCUGACAUGCCUCCAGGACCUCAUACGAAGCCGGUUCUUGGAAAUGAGCACUUGAUUCCUAAAAACAAUGCGCACUUCAUUUUCACGGAAUGGGCGAAGCAAUACGGCGGCAUUUACACGCUCAAGCGCUUUACCAACACAACCUUUGUUAUAUCCAGCCCCCACAUGAUUAAAGAACUGCUGGAUAGGAAAAGCAGUAUAUACAGUCACCGUCCAGUCUCUCACGUUGGCCAUCUUAUCACUCACGGAGACCAUUUGCUCCUGAUGCAGUACGGGGACGAAUGGAGGCGCAUUAGGAAGCUGAUCCAUCAGUACUUCAUGGAACCCAUGUGCGAGAAGCAACAUCUCCGGCUUCAGCAUGCUGAAGCUACACAGCUGAUGCAUGAGUUCUUGGUUGCCCCCCAGGAUCACAUGGAGUAUCCCAAGCGCUACAGCAACAGCAUUACUAAUUCACUUGUUUUCGGUAUCAGGACGAAGACGCACCACAGCGACUACAUGAUCCGUUUGUUCUCGCUCAUGAACGAAUGGAGCGAAAUUCUGGAAUUUGGCGCGACACCGCCAGUUGACUCCUUCCCGCUUCUCAAGUUGAUCCCAGAGAAGUUCCUUGGCAGGUGGAAGUCGCGUGCUACUCGCGUUGGCGACCUAAUGACAGGUCUUUACACCGAGGUGCUGGAUCGGGUUAUCAACAGACGCGCGCAGGGCCUAAACAAAGGAUCCUUUAUUGACCGUGUCUUGGACCAGAACGAGAAAAACGGUCUUUCAUGGAGCAAACUAUACUUCCUCGGCGGGGUGCUCAUGGAAGGCGGCUCGGACACUUCGUCUUCUCUUAUACUCGCAAUGGUCCGAGCAAUGAUUGAGUUUCCAGAAGUUCAAAAGAGAGCCCAAGCCGAGAUCGAUGCGGCCAUUGGCGAAGACAGGUCCCCGACGUGGGCCGACUUUGCUAAACUCCCGUAUAUCAACAUGAUGAUUAAAGAAAGUCACCGUUGGCGUCCCGUUAGCCCACUAGGUGUUUCUCAUGCAGUGGCCGAAGUAGACGAUUGGGUUGGAGGCCAUUUCAUACCCAAAGGCUCGACCGUUGUGCUCAACGUCUGGGCCAUGCACCACGACGAGGAGCGCUGGGAGAAGCCAGAGGAUUUUAUGCCUGAGCGCUUCCAGAGCCACCCGAAGCUCGCGUCUCAGUAUACAAGCGACGGUCCAGGCCGCGAUCACUUCGGGUACGGUGCCGGGCGCCGUGUGUGCCCUGGGAUCCACCUUGCGGAACGAAAUCUCUUCAUUGCUAUGGCAAAGCUGCUCUGGGCUUUUGACUUCCGGAAGCGUCCGGAUGAUAAUGGCCAGGUCGAGUCGAGUAUCGGCUUCCUGCAGUGCGUCCGGGACUAUAAAUGUAUGAUUACUCCCAGAUCGGAAAAGAGAGCUGAGACUAUCAGAAGAGAAUUUGAGGAGGCUCAGGAGGUUUUUGAAGACUACGAAUGA